CGGCUGGGCGGGGCGUGGGGAGUUCCGCCGUCUGGGAUUUGGCGGUUCUGAGGGAUCGGGCGGGUAGGCGUCCGGCUUUGAAAUGCAGCGGGAUUUGGUUAGCUUCCCCCUGUCCCCGGCGGUGCGGGUGAAGAUGGUGUCUGCAGGAUUCCAAACCGCCGAGGAGCUCCUAGACGUGAAGCCCUCCGAGCUCAGCAAAGAAGUUGGGAUAUCUAAAGAGGAAGCCUUAGAAGCUCUGCAAAUUAUAAGAAGAGAAUGUCUCACAGAUAAACCAAGACAUGCUGAGUCAGGCAAGAAAUGUACAGCACUGGAUCUUCUUGAACAGGAGCAUACCCAGAACUUUAUAAUUACCUUCUGUUCAGCACUAGAUAAUAUUCUUGGGGGUGGAGUACCCUUAACCAAAACAACAGAAAUUUGUGGUGCACCAGGUGUUGGAAAAACACAGUUAUGUAUGCAGUUGGCAGUAGAUGUGCAGAUACCAGAAUGUUUUGGAGGAGUGGAAGGUGAAGCAGUUUUUAUUGACACAGAGGGAAGUUUUAUGGUUGAUAGAGUGGUAGACCUUGCUACUGCCUGCAUUCAGCACCUUCAUCUUAUAGCAGGAACAGGUAUGGAAGAGGCGCACCCAAAGAUUUUGGAGAAUUUCACUCUUGAAAACAUUCUUUCCCAUAUUUAUUAUUUUCGUUGUCAUGACUACACAGAGCUAUUGGCACAAGUUUAUCUACUUUCAGACUUCCUUUCAGAACAUGCAAAGGUUCGAUUAGUGAUAGUGGAUGGUAUUGCUUUUCCUUUUCGUCAUGACUUUGAUGACUUAUCCCUUCGAACUCGAUUACUAAAUGGCUUAGCCCAGCAAAUGAUCAGCCUUGCAAAUAAUCACAGAUUAGCUGUAAUUUUAACUAAUCAGAUGACAACUAAGAUUGAUAAAAAUCAGGCCAUGUUGAUACCAGCAUUGGGAGAAAGUUGGGGACAUGCUGCUACAAUACGGCUGAUCUUACAUUGGGAUCAAAAGCAAAGCAGGUUGGCAACAUUGUACAAAUCACCAAGCCAGAAGGAAUCUACAGUACUGUUUCAAAUCACACCUCAGGGAUUUAGAGAUGCUGUUGUUACUACUGCAUGCUCAUUGCAAACAGAAGGUUCAUUGAAUUCCCGGAAACGGUCACGAGAAUCGGAGGAAGAACAGGAAUCAAAAGACUAGUCUCAAAGUAUGUGUGUAUGUGGGUGUGUAUAUGUAUUAGACAUAUUUCUUUAAAAGAUAAAAACACUGUGGCAUAAAUGAAUCAGGAGUAUAUAAAAUGAAAUAUACUUAAAUGAGUAUGAUUCUCUGAAAGUUUUUCUGAAGCAGUGUGUCUUGUUUCCAUUUUUAGUAACAAUCAGUAGGAACGAUAUAAGUAUUAUAUUUUGCAAAUGUGGAAGGCUGAUCUUAUGAGCCACUCAGGCUGUAUUUUUU